AUGUCUUGCAAAUGGUUGUUUAAACAUAAAGAAGGAAGGGACAACUCUAAACCAAUCAAGUUUAAAGCAAGAUUAGUUGCUAAGGGAUUUACACAAAAAGAGGGAAUUGACUUCACUAAAAUAUUCUCUCUGGUGGUCAAGUAUAAGACUACAAGGAUAAUGUUAUCCUUGGCUGUUCAAUACAACCUAGAGGUAGAUCAAAUGGAUGUCACAACAACUUUUCUGCAUGGGGAACUAGAUGAGGACAUCUACAUGGAAAACCUAAGGGGUAUAUUGAAAAAGGCAGUAAAAGAAUGGUCUAUAAACUGGUCAAAUCUCUAUAUGGACUCAAACGGUCACCUAGAUAAUGGAGUAAAAGUUAUGUAUCUAAUGGUAUGCAAUAGGCCAGACCUUGCCUAUGCUUUAAGUGUUCUAAGUAGAUACAUGUCUAAUCCUGGGAAAGAACACCAGAGUGCUAUGAAAUGGGUACUUAGUUACCUAUUGGGGAAUCAAGACACUAGAUUAAUCUUCACUGAGACAUCUAAUGCAACAUGCAUGGAGGGGUAUAGUGAUGCAGAUUAUGUAGGAGAUAGAGAUUCUAGAAAGUUUACAUCGGCUUAUUUCUACCUAAUUGGUAGGAGUUGUGGAUCAGUAAUUGAGGAUGACCGUUACAGGAGUGGAAAAAGACCCCAGGAAGAAACUGGACUAAAGCUCUUCUCCAAUACCUCAAGUUUGGUUCCUAACCCUUCUAAAUCAACGGUAUACUGCAGCAACAUGUCAGAGGCAGAAGUUCAAAGGGUUCUAGAUGCCUCAGGUUUUCAAAAGCAGAGCUUGCCUUUCAAAUACUUGGGUGUGCCUAUUUGUGCAAAAAGGAUAUCUUCAGCAGAGUGCAAGCUGUUGGUGGAAAAGAUGAUGGAUCGAAUCAAAACUUGGAGCUCGAGGAAUUUAUCUUUUGCUGGCCGUGUAGUACUUAUUAACUCAGUUCUCAUGGCUAUACAUUCGUAUUGGUGCCAAGUGAUGUUGCUGCCUAAGAAAAUUGUAAGUGAAAUUGAGUCUAUUUGUCGUAGCUUUCUAUGGAAUGGACAAUAUACUUUAACAGGAGUUCCUGCAGUUGCUUGGGCAUCGGUUGGCCAAGCAAAAAGUUCAGGUGGAUUGGGAUUUAGAUGUAUCUCGGAUUGGAACAAAGCGGCCCUUUUUAAAUAUGUUUGGGCUAUUGCCAAGAAGGAAGAUAACCUAUGGGUUAAAUGGGUUCAUAAUGUCUACAUCAAGGAUGAGGAUUAG